AUGCAUGAUCUCAAUAAAGUCGUCAAACCUUUAUCAGGCUACUUAGUAAAGGAUGAUUCUGGUAAAUAUUAUUUCAGCCAUAGUUCUGUAAGAGAUUGGUUGCAAGACGAAGAGUCAGAUUUCUUUUGCGAUGUACUCAACGGGGACUCCAUUAUGGCAAACUAUAACUUGAAAACUCUUAAAGUUAAGUAUCCUUCACCCGGCGAUUUUUUUGAAAAUGUAUGUUUUCGUCCGAAACUGCCAUAUCCUACUGCUCUUCUAGACCUCAAAUUCUUUUCUUUGCGUUAUCUCUUUCAUUCCAGUGAGAGCGGGAGUUCAAACGUGAAUGUUCUGAUAUCUGAAUUAGGUAUUAAAGCAAUCGACCUUCUUCAUGCCGCAUUUCACCGUAUUGGUGACGCUUGGGAUCGUUUCAUUUGUUCCGAGUAUAUGGCAAUGAAAGUUCUCGAUGAAACUGAUGUCUUGAAUAAAAUGACCAUACAGGAAAAAGCUGAUCAUCUUGAGUGGGCUAUUUGGUUGAGUUAUGCAAGAAUUACUGCCAAGUUGUUUGAUAGCCGCACAUACUGGAUUUUUAGUGAUAGGGCCAUCUUUUGCUUGAACUAUGACAUCAAACUACUACGGCUCGUCCCAAAGGAAUCAAUGCCCCAGUUAUUCUUUUCGUCCCUCGUGGAUAGUUUCUUUCACGAUGAGAUAUUUGAAUUUUGUGUAAACGAAGGAGUGACGGCGGAUGUAUGUGUUCCUCAAUUCUUUAAGAACACCAUAGGCUUUGACUCGUCCAUCUGCUGGAACGAAGAUGUCCAAGAGUAUUUUAGAAAAUUGAAGUCAGGCGAAGAGAAUGUUAUCACUGUGGAGUCCCUUAAAGAGAAGCCAUUUUAUCCAGAAGAAGCUAAAGUGUCGGAAUUUACAUUGGAGAUCAUGCAGAAACCUCUUUCAGGUAUUUAUUACUUCUUGUAA